GACAACCACAGCUGUACCGUUAUUCUGAAAAAGGUUUACAGCAAAAUGCGCGUACUUCAAUGAAUGGCACUGUGAUAACAUCGAAGUCCAAAUUCGGGCUGAAAAAGUAAAAGAAGAAUAAAAGGUAUUUUUGGAUCAGAUUGUAAUAUAAAGUGGAGUAAAGUCUGACGGAGCGGGGGUUUGUUUCAAAAGAGGGAGCAAGGAGGGGAGAGCCAUGCACCGCGCGUUCUCUUUCCCGAUGACGGCUGAGCGCAGCCGGAACAAGGAGCGCCUGGAGGCGAGUCUGGCCGGACUCUGCGAGCUGGAGUUACUCAAACAGAGGCAGGAGUGCCUGGUUCUCAGCGCCUUGUCCCUCGGGGACACCGUCCCGGGGCAUCCCGCCUGGGGUGACCUCCAGCCACCCCGCUCCACCCCCCCGGGCCACAGCCGAGCGCAAGACGACUUGACUUUGAGACGCCAGCUGAACAGCCUGCAGUGCGCCCCCUGGGGGCUGAUGGCAGCACUGGCUCAGCUGGUGGGGGACCUGAGGGUGGAUUCGGAGUCCAGUUGCACAGAGCCCCACAGGGACAUGGGAGACAGCAGGUCCAGCUCAGGCUUCUACGAGCUGAGCGAGGGCCAGUCCCUUCUGGGCAUGUCGGACCCGUCCGUGUGCGGGGAGCUCUCUCCUGCCUGCGCGGGGGACUCGUGGGGCACCUACUCCGGAGAGAGACCCAAGUCUGUCGGUGACAUCUUCGCGGCCAAGCGAGACGGCCUGCUGGAGCCAGGGCCCCGCGCCGGAAUGCCACGCUCCUUCUCUGCCCCCUACCCACCACUGGAGGGCAUCGCGGAGGGGGUGGGGGAGGAGGAGCCGAGCUCGUGGGGCCCCGGGUACCAGGAGGGGGAGCACACGGCAGAAGACUUCCACCAGGCCCUGCGGGUGGAGAGCUACAUCCUGGGCCUGAUCCAGCGGCGGAUCCUGGCCCCGCGUCCCGGCAAGCCCCGCACCACGCUGGGGCCUGAGUCCAGAGGCGUGGCCCGGCAGAGCAGCCUGUGCCGCAGGGAGGCGUCACCCAAUCCGGAGGUCCAGGUGUGGGCCCCCAGGGGUGCGGAGGAGGACCGGUGCGGUGGCAUCACCCUGCCCCCGGAGGACCGCCUGCUUUCGGUGUACUCCCCACCCCGGGGGGCCUCCCUGGAUUUCCCCCGCGGGGCCCCGGACCCCAGCGGCAGCGAGGCCGACUCGCCCCAGCACUUCGAGGGCCGCCCCUCGCCCCACUCCCCGUCGUCCGACGACCAGCUGGUGAGCGCACAGUACAUCCCCGCCCAGCCCGUCCGCGCUCCCGUCCGCGCCCACACCACGCAACGCCCCCCACCCCCAUCCAAACCCCAUCGGACUCCGUACUCCCCAGAGCGCGUCCCCGCCAGGUCCAGGGCUGCCCCGAGGAGGUGCCGGGCGGGCGAGGAGAGCCCCACCCCCAGGAAGCCUGGCCGGCGGGCCAGCCGCUCGCAGUCAGAGAACAGCUUGCUGGGCCAGCGGGGCGCGGUCGAGCGCAAGUACAACACGGUGGAUCGGGACGGGAGCCGGGGGGGCCAGGCUCGCCCCCGCCGGCCACAGCCAGGCAGCCUGGGGUGUCGGCGCUGGCGCUCCACUCUGGAGCUCAGCCAGGACGAGGGAGAGCCACCAGGAGACCAGGCCUCCAGGCGCCCGCGAAAGUCCCGGCCUGCCCCUCCACCCUAUCCCCACCCCCACCCCCAGGGGGCGCUGCACGCCUACCGCCGUGCCGAGGGCCCGGGUCCAGCACCGGCCUUCAGGCCUCACGAGGGCCACGCUGUCCCCGCCCCCGGAGAGUCGGAGUCCAGCCUGAGUGACGUAGACUCUCCCGGGUCCAGCUCCCUCUCCACCGACUCGGAUGAGAGCGGGGGGUUGGUGUGGCCCCAGCAGCUGCCCCCUCAGCUGGCCCCAGCAUCGCCCCCAACGCCAACUGGUGGAUCCGCCCAGCCCAAGGCCUUCGUCAAGAUCAAGGCAUCCCAUGCCCUCAAGAAGAAGAUCCUGAGGUUCCGCACCGGCUCCCUCAAAGUCAUGACCACCGUCUAAGAGGGAUGCUCCCCCACAAGUCCCAUCAUCCUCCUCUUCCCAUCCUGAGUUCAGGGGUCCAUCCCCCCCAGAGGUGGAACAAGAACCUCCAUGUGGACCGUGAACUCCCCGUCUUCUCACCGGCAGCUUCGCAAUUCUGCAUUCUGGUUUCCCACGGUUAUCAGAACUGCCUGAGAAAUGCUU